UGACAUCCUCCAACUUGGCAACACUUUGGAGGAUAAACUAUUCCCGAUACUCGGCUACUGGCUAAUCACGGCUCUUGUAAGUACUGCCUAUUUUUGUAGUCGAUCAUUCUUGUGAGGGUAGGUGAGGCGACUUUCGUCAGUGACAGAAGCACCUUCCAAAGCAUAACCAGACAAACCACAGCAACUUGGUCUACUCUACCAACCAGUUUCGAAUUGUUUUCACUUACCACUCCUGCCUCUCUGUUUUUCCUCGUGAACACCAUACCAAAAUCAACACCAAGAAACAACAGCAACAAUGGGCCGCCCACCCCUCUCCGAGAACCGGACCAUGUCCAUCCUCAACAAAGCCAAAGCUGGCGGCUACGCCGUGCCCGGCAUGUGCUGCUACAACAUCGAAUCCAUCAUCGCGACCGUCAAGGCCGCCGAGGCCGCCAAAUCUCCAGCCAUGGUCCUCCUCUUUCCCUGGGCCAUCCAGUACGCGGGCGACUCGCUCGUGAAAGCCGCCGCCGACGCCGCCCACAGCGCCAGCGUGCCCGUGUCGCUGCACCUGGACCACGCGCAGACGCCCGAGCUGGUGCGCCGCGCCGCCGACAUCCCCGACGGCUUCGACAGCAUCAUGUGCGACAUGAGCCACUACGAAAAAGAGGAAAACCUCAAGCUCACGGCCGAGCUGGUGCAGUACUGCCACGAGCGCGGCAUCGCCGCGGAGGCGGAGCCCGGGCGCAUCGAGGGCGGCGAGGACGGCGUGGCGGAGACGGCGGAUUUGGAAGGGCUCUUGACGACCCCCGAGGAGGCUGAGGAGUUUGUCAAUACGGGCAUUGAUAUGUUGGCUCCGGCGUUUGGAAACGUGCAUGGCGAGUAUGGCCCUAGGGGCAUCCAGUUGGAGUAUGACCGUCUGCAGGCUAUCAAUGACCGGGUGGGUGAGAGGGUUAGGCUGGUGUUGCAUGGUGCGGAUCCGUUUGAUGAGGAGAUCUUUAGGAAGUGCAUGGCUGGUGGUGUGACGAAGGUCAACAUCAACAAGGGGAUGAACAAUCACUAUGCGAGGGUUCAGGAUGAGAUGAAGGGGAAGCCGUUGACGAGCGUGAUUGAGGCCGGGACCAAGGCGAUGCAGGUGGCUAUUGAGCAGUAUAUGCACUGGUUGGGAAGUGCUGGGAAGGCUUAACGGUGCUUGUAGAUACUUACAUGUUAGAUGAAGCCGGAGCCAGGCUGCGUAAGCUUCGUGUCAAUCCUGCACGCUCCAUUGAAGACCA